AUGAUGAAGACGCGAAGAGAUGGUGGUAGGCGACAGUUGGAUGAAGCAAUAGAAGAAUCGGGGAAAACACCAUUCGCAAGACGGAUACAACUCGCAAGAGUACCACCUAAAUGUAACCUACCUGUAUUCACUAACAUAUUUGAUGGAAGCACAUGCGCAAUACAUCAUAUUAGGGCAUAUAGUCGAUCCUUAUUACAGUGGGAGGAAAACGACGCGGUGGUAUGUAAGUAUUUCCCGACGAGUCUAACAGGAGAAUCUUUGCAAUGGUUUGAAGGACUGCCAGUGGGAACCAUUAGAUCAUUUCAUCAUUUACAAAACAUCUUCCUAGGACAGUACAUCAGCAAUAACAUGUUACGCCCAGGGAUUGAAAAGGUGUUCAGCUUACACAGAAGGAUCAAUGAGAGCUUACGCAGUUUAACAAUGCAUUGGAGGAGCAUGUGCAGUGAAAUGGUUGGACGAGUAGAUGAGCGAAACCUUAUACUAGAUUUUAUCAAUGCACUUUUUCCUACAGAUUUAUUGUAUAUACAGAUCUUCAGGACAAAAGAUACAAUAACCAUGGCGGAGUUGUGCAAUUUCCAAGAAGAAUACAUAGCUGUUGAAGAAAACAAAGAGAAAUGGAGUCUUACCCAGUUGUGA